AUGGUCAGAGUUAGUCUGCUGAAUGAUGCUCUCAAGAGCAUGUACAAUGCUGAAAAGAGGGGAAAGCGUCAGGUCAUGAUUAGACCUUCCUCAAAAGUCAUUAUCAAGUUCCUUAUUGUCAUGCAAAAGCAUGGUUACAUUGGAGAAUUUGAGUAUGUCGAUGAUCAUAGGUCUGGAAAGAUUGUUGUUGAACUGAAUGGAAGGCUAAACAAGUGUGGUGUUAUUAGUCCUCGUUUCGAUGUAGGAGUUAAGGAGAUUGAAGGAUGGACUGCUAGAUUGCUCCCUUCCCGACAGUUUGGGUACAUUGUAUUGACUACCUCUGCUGGUAUUAUGGACCAUGAGGAGGCUCAGAGAAAGAAUGUUGGUUGAAAAGUUCUCGGUUUCUUUUAUUGAGUUUGUUAUGUUGACAAGGAUGAAAACUUUGGUUUUGUUGUUUGUUGGCUCUUUAUGGUAAAAUAGCUUCUUUUUUUUGUUUUUUGUUUCCUUCAAUUUUAAGUAGGGAUAUUGUGGAAAUUUUUGAGACAAUUAUGAGCGUUUGUUGAAGAGAGAUA